CUUGUGUAAAUAAUUAUUAUAUAUAUCGAUGGGAUCGCAAUGCACAGAAUAUUUCAUUAUGUUGGGAUCCUAAUAUCCUCCAAGAAUAAAUUUAGCAUUUGGAAAAAAAUUACGCGAAUUUAUAACAUAUCCUAUUUGAUUUUGCUUUCAAUUUAUAAUAAAUUUUCUUCUUUGAACUGUAUUUAAUUAUUAUCAUCAUAGAAAUAUUCAAAAUGAAUGUUUAUAUAUCAAUACAAAUCUUCUAUAACCUUGUCAUUGAUCUUAUUCUUCAUACAUCCAUGUGUUCGUCGUAUUUUUUAUAAUUAGAUUGUCAGAAAAUCCAAUUUGCUGUAACUUUGUAAUAAAAUUAAAUAGAAUGUAUACUCUUUAUAAAAUUUUUAUUUAAAUUUAUUUUUUAUACAAAAUUCAUUCCUGAAACAAAGUCCCACAUAUUACAAAAUAUUACAAAAUUGAUAUUUUUUAAAUUAACUCUAAUAUUAAUAAAAAUAAAAAUUCAAAUCACAAGAGACUCAAAGGAGAACAAAGAAAAGUUGAAUAUCUCAAAAUACACUAUAUAAACUAACAAAUGCGAAUUAUAUCUUCAAUAUGUCUGAAUAAUUCAAUUAUCUUGAUAAACCAUGAAUAACACACAAAAGACAUUGGAGAAUUCGCGGAUUACCCCUUUAAAGAUAGAAAUGACCAAAUUAUCUGGUGCAGAAAAAAAACUUUAUAACUUAAAAAAAAAGCAGAACUCUGAAGAUAAAGUUGUCAAAUUCCGAUGUGAUUUUCCCUCCACACAAGUUGAGGUGAUGUUGGCAAGAGGUUGGAUUCAGAUAGUCGAUCCCGAAGAUUCUAGUUGGCAUUUGUGGUGGUGCGACACGGGGGAUGUGCUGCGACAGGCGUUGGACGGGGACCGGAAGAAGCUGCGCCCUUACCAGCGGGUGCCGCACUUCCGUAAUCACUAUGAGCUCACGCGAAAGAAUUACCUAUACCGCAAUCUCAAGCGCUAUAGGAAAGCCCUCAUAAGGGCUGGAAAAAUUGCUGAGGCUCGCAUCAGUGAUGCUAUGCCUGUGACCUUCGAGCUGCCUAGCGACUAUCGGAUGUUCGUCGAAGAAUAUCAUAAGCAACAAGGAGCCACGUGGAUUGUCAAACCAGUAGCAAGAUCGCGAGGCAAAGGUAUUUUUCUAUUCAGGAAGCUGAAGGAUCUUGUAGAGUGGAAAAGCAGAGAGGCCAAAUCGCAGCAAUCAUCAGGAAUUCCAACUGAGAUUUAUGUCGUUCAAAAAUACAUAGAUAAUCCUUAUCUCGUUGCAGGGCGAAAGUUCGAUCUACGCAUUUACGUAUUGGUGACAUCAUUUCAUCCUUUGAAAGUGUGGCUGGCCAGGGAAGGUUUUGCCCGUUUGUGUGGCCAAUUGUUUGAUCUGGAAAACAUUGACGACACCAGAGUGCACUUGACAAAUACGGCAAUACAGCUGAAAGCAAGUCAGAAUGCCGAGGGUAUCUCUUCGAUAAAAGGCGAGACCGGGGAAUGGAACUGCAAAUGGGCAUUGAAUAAGCUUAGGGAUUAUUUGAUAACUUAUUACGAGGUGGAAGUGGUUGAAAAUUUGAUGCAACGUAUUGCGGGCGUGAUAAUGGCGAGUCUACUGGCAGUACAACCGGCUAUGAUGCAGGAUCGCAACUGUUUUGAGCUCUAUGGUUACGAUAUACUGCUCAGCGAUGAUCUCCGACCUUGGCUUUUGGAAAUCAACGCAUCUCCAGCCUUAACAGGUACUGACAACGAGGAUCAACGUUUGAAAUCCGACCUGGUCGACGACGUCCUCAAUGUUCUCGACUUCGAAGGUCGCUUCAGCGGACACGAGACCAGGAUCGGGGGGCUGGAUCUGCUCUGGGACGACGGACCAGUUUGGACCAGCUGCCCAUACCCCGGCAUUCGCACGGAUGUGAUUUCCAAUGAUCUCAGGAGGCUCAACAUCUUUCUCGGAGCGAUUAAUGAUCGUCAAAAGCAACUCUCUUUAUUAAGAAGUCAGCUGAUUGAAAAACGUAAAGCAGGGCAAGAUUAUUCUUCUAUGGUGCAAUAUUGUUUAAAGUAAAUACAAAGUCAAAUUAUGAUAUCAAAUUGUUCAGAUUAUAUUUAUAUUUUAAAAAUU